AUGGCCUCCUGGCUCAACAAUACCAAGGCGCAGUUCGCCGCUACGGCCAUCGUCUCCGGGGCUAUUGUUGCGGGUAGUAUUCUUGGAUACCAACAUGUGCGACGCCAGGAAAAGUUAGAGGAUUUAAAGAGUUCUAUACCGCCGCUGGGAAAGGAGCAUCAGGCCGACAAGGUACGUUGUGCUUUCUCGGUAGAGGGCGAGGUGGAUAUGGAAUUAAAAUGGAAGGGGAAGCUGACGGGCGAAGUGAAGCUUACCGACUUUGGGGCGGCAGCUACUGAUUCGAGGGAAGUAAAACUGAGUAAGGAGGAUGAAAGGGCGGUUCAGUUGGCGGCACGAGCACAACGAGGGGAAUAUGAUGAUGAGCUCAUACUGGAACAAUUGGCCCGGAAUCGCGUCUUUCUCACGGACGACGGGUUGAAGAAGUUACGCUCAGCAUUCGUGAUAGUCGUCGGUUGCGGAGGAGUGGGAUCGCACUGUACCGCAGCAUUGGCACGCAGCGGUGUGUCGCAUAUCCGCCUCAUCGAUUUCGACCAAGUUACUCUUUCUUCCUUGAACCGACACGCAGUUGCUACUCUCGCCGAUGUUGGGACCUCUAAAGUCCACUGUCUCCGCAGACGUCUGCAACAAAUUACGCCGUGGGUGCAUUUCGAUCUCAAAAACGAACUCUUCGCUCCUGGCGCGGCAGACACAUUAUUAGGCGCAUGGGAUGGAAGGAAACCGGAUUUCAUCGUAGAUGCUAUCGAUAAUAUCGAUAGUAAAGUCGCUUUACUGGAAUACUGUUACAAGAACAACCUACCGGUUAUCAGCUCUAUGGGUGCAGGAUGCAAGUCAGAUCCAACACGGAUAUUCAUUGGCGACAUCUCAACCAGCACAGAAGAUCCGCUGUCCCGUUCUACUCGUCGCCGUCUUCGCGCCCUUGGUGUAGCAAGUGGAGUUCCCGUCGUCUACUCAACCGAAAAACCAGGUGAGGGUAAGGCCCAGCUUCUACCGCUUCCCGAAGAAGAAUUUGCCAAGGGAUCCGUUGGAGAUCUGGGCGUGCUUCCUGAUUUCAGGGUCCGGAUUCUCCCCGUGCUGGGGACGAUGCCCGCCGUCUUCGGGUACACUUGUGCCAAUUUCGUGAUUCUGAAGAUUACGGGGUAUCCCUGCGAAUACGUGCCUGCGAAGGGAAGAGAGAAGAUGUACGACGGGAUCCUAGCGCAGCUACAAGGCAGCGAAGAGAAGUUGAUAAGAGCGACGACGCCAGGUCAGGAGCCGCAGGGGUUGAAGUUAGGUGUCACGGCUAAUGAUGUGGGGUACGUGGUUGAGGAGGUAUACAAGGGGAAGAGUGCUAUUAGUGGCAUUCCGACUAGAUUAGCGCUUGUCAGAUGGCGGAAGCCGGAGGGAAGUACCCUGGAGUUGGGGGUUGAAGGGCAAAAGAGCAGUACGCUGAAAUUGAGGGAUCUGGUGUGUAUGACGAGGGAAGAAGCGGCCGUGCAUGAGAGGGAGGUGGUGAAGGGCUCCAAGACGCCGGAAGAACUUUAUGAUAGAGAGACGGUAGAAUUGGUAGAGGCCAGGAUUCAGGAGGAGAUUAGGUAUGAGAAAUAUAGAUGA